GAUAGCGUUGUUGUACAUUGGCGAAAUCACUUUCUCAAAGUUUCACCAGGAGACUGACUACAAUGGGAAUGAAUCGAGUGACCACCGGACCUCUUCCCCUCCAAUCUCUACCGCCAAUACCCUCGACACGAACCCUCAAAGCUCCACUCCCGGCGCACAAUAGCACCGCCGGCGCACGAAGAAGAAAUAGUCCCAUCCCGCUAUACAUAGCUUGCGCGAAGAGAAGCCCAAGCCCAAGCGCAGACGAUUACCACGCCACUCUCAGAGCUCUCAACUCCAAAGGCCGCACCCCAAGAAAAUCCUUCGGCCAGCAUUAUAUGUUGAAUAACGAGAUCAAUGAGCAGCUCGCGAGUGCGGCCAGUGUAGAAGAUGGCGAUGUUGUGCUAGAAAUCGGGCCUGGGACGGGUUCUUUGACUAAUGUACUCAUCAAUGCCGGUGCUAUUGUUCUUGCCAUUGAAAAGGAUCCACACAUGGCCACUCUUGUGAGUGAAAGAUUUGCAGGCACAGACAGGUUUCAGGUUUUAAAAGAAGACUUCGUCAAAUGUCAUGUUCGGUCCCAUAUGUUGUCAUUGCUGGGAAGUAUAAAGUCAUUGGACCAUUCAAAAUCAAGAUAUGCAAAAGUAGUCUCCAAUAUACCCUUUAAUAUUAGCACAGAAGUAGUCAAACUACUCCUUCCAAUGGGUGACAUUUUCUCGGAAGUUGCUCUCUUACUCCAGGAGGAGACAGCAGUGCGAAUGGUGGAAUCAUCCUUGCGGACAUCAGAGUACCGACCCAUCAAUGUCUUUGUCAAUUUCUACUCAGAUCCUGAAUACAAGUUUAAGGUCCCAAGGACAAAUUUUUUCCCUCAGCCCAAUGUUGAUGCUGCUGUUGUUACAUUUAAGCUGAAGCAACCGGCGGAGUAUCCCCAAGUUUCUUCCACAAAGAGCUUCUUCUCAAUGGUCAAUUCUGCAUUCAACGGGAAACGUAAGAUGUUACGGAGGUCGCUUCAGCACAUAUGCACGUCCCUUGAGAUCGAAAAAGCUUUGGGAAAUGUUGGUCUUCCAAAUACCUCUAGACCAGAAGAGCUUACCUUAGAUGAUUUUGUGAAUCUGCAUAACUUGAUUGUGAAAGUAUAGUGCUUCUAGUUUGAGGUUUCCAUGAACGGGAACUUAACGGCAAACGCCCACCAGUAGGCACGCACACAGAGCCUGAUCUACUACAUUGUUGGAAUUGCACCAGAUAUGAUUCAAAUAGUUAAGAAUGACAAAACCAUAUGAUUAACAUCCAUGUCUGAAAGUGAACAUCCAUGGCUGAAGGUGAAUCGGAGAUGGAAGUGGGCUGUGGGCAACUCUCCUUUGAGUCUUUGACUGGAAUUUUUUAUGGGCUGUAGCAGCAUACGUAUAGUGGAGACCCCAUUUUUGGGCCCAAAAAUCAAGUUCAUGCAAUGCAUAUGAUCAUAAUACUAUCAAGUAUCAAGAAGUAAUAUUACUCCUGUUUCAUCUAAGACUACUCUAUUGUAAAUAAGAAUGAAUAUUUGAUUCAGAAAGUUUGAAGAAUACCA